AUGGCCGAUCGCCGAACCCUCAAUGGCCGCGAUGGAGGCAUGGAAGCUAGGAGCUCCGCGGCAAUAGGCUCCUGCGACAGCUUGGCCACCGAAGGAGUCUGGUCGGAGGAUAUCUCGGGCGUAGUCUCAGGAACCGCGGAUGGAUUCGAGUCGCCGACCUCGACCCUUUCGGCAGAUCCCACCGCCGAGGCAGCAGAGCGCGAAGACUCUGUUCGGUACCUUUUACGCCUUAGCAAUGGCUCGCCGGAGGAAUCCAAACUCUCCGAGCGGACGAUGGGCACUUGCUCGAAUGAAGGCCUCUGCUUCAAGUGCUAUUGCGCCCGCUUCAAGGCGGAGCACGCCGGCUCGGCUUCCUCCUCCUCCGCCUCCCCCUCUAUGGCGGUCGUUGAUGAUUUUUCGGAAUCCGCGGCGGCGACCGUGGUAGCGUGGCGGCGGAAGCCGAAGCGGUGUCAUAUGUGCCGGAAGAAGGUGGGCCUUCUGGGGUUCCGGUGCCGGUGCGGGGAAACCUACUGCGGUCAGCACCGCCACCCGGAACUCCACACCUGCACCAUCGACUACAAUCUGACCGGAAGGAAGCGGAUCAAAUGUGAAAACCCAUUGCCCGACCCCCAGAAUCUGUCCACGAUUUAG